GGCGGUUAAGGCGUUACAACUUACAACCCGGGAUCUCCCAUCAGUUUCUGGGUUUCUCCUGAAGCCGAAGACGACCGAAGCUCACCUUGUGAACAGUUAACACUAGGGUGAACGAAGAAGUUGAAGAUGAGGAAGCGCGAUCUAGCUAUUCUUAUGCUCUCUGCUUUCGCCAUCUUCUUCUCUCUUCAGCAUGAAGGCGAUUUUUCAUUCAGGGAGGCGUGGUUUCAUCUCUCCGACGAAUAUCCGAUCAAAUACGAGGCCGAGCGUCUUCCUCCGCCAAUAGUCGCUGAUCUCAAUGGUGAUGGCAGAAAAGAGGUCCUUGUUGCUACACACGAUGCCAAAAUCCAGGUUUUGGAGCCACAUGCUAGGCGAGUGGAUGAAGGAUUUAGCCAAGCACGUGUGCUUGCAGAGGUGUCCCUUUUGCCUGAUAAAGUUCGCAUCACAACAGGAAGACGCCCUGUGGCAAUGGCCACAGGUGUUAUAGAUAGGAAUUACAACCCCAGAGAACCUAGGAAAGAGGUGCUAGUUGUUGUUACCUCCGGUUGGUCUGUAAUGUGUUUUGAUCACAACCUCAAAAAGCUAUGGGAGACGAACCUUCAGGAGGAUUUUCCACAUAAUGCUCAUCAUAGAGAAAUUGGAAUCUCAAUUAGUAAUUAUACUGUAAGGCAUGGAGAUUCUGGGUUGGUGAUUGUUGGUGGAAGAAUGGAAAUGCAACCUCAUAUCCAUAUGGAUCCUUUUGAAGAAAUUGAAAUAGCAGAGAAAACUGCAGAGCAGCACCGGAGGAGUGCUGCCGAGAACCAAACUUCAGAGAAUUCUGGGACGGUUGAUUUGCGCCAUUUUGUAUUUUAUGCAUUUGCUGGUCGAACCGGGGAAAUUCGAUGGAGCAGAAAGUCAGAGAAUAUUCAAGCACGUUCAUCAGAAGAAUCUCUUAUAAUUCCACAGCACAACUAUAAGUUGGAUGUUCAUGCUUUGAACAGUCGUCAUCCUGGAGAGUUUGAAUGUAGGGAAUUCAGAGAAUCCGUUCUUGGAGUAAUGCCACAUCGCUGGGAUCGUCGAGAAGACACUUUAUUAAAGUUAUCACACUUCAAACGACAUAAAAGAAAAACGUUGAAGAAAAUGCCUGGCAAGACUUCCACCAGUUACCCUCUCCACAAGCCUGAAGAAAACCAGCUUCCUGGUAAGGACACUACUAAAAGGAUUUCAAAUGCGAUUGGGAAUGCUGUGAAAUAUGCGAAGUCUUCAAAAAUCAAGAAGCCUUUGCCUUAUAUUCCCACGAUCACAAAUUAUACUCAACUAUGGUGGGUUCCUAAUGUUGUUGUUGCUCACGAAAAGGAAGGGAUUGAAGCUGUUCAUCUGGCAUCUGGUCGCACCAUUUGUAAGCUUCAUCUUCAAGAAGGUGGACUACAUGCUGAUAUUAAUGGAGAUGGAGUUUUGGAUCAUGUCCAGGCUGUAGGAGGGAAUGGGAUUGAACAGACAGUUGUCAGUGGAUCCAUGGAAGUCUUGCGUCCCUGUUGGGCUGUUGCAACAUCUGGUGUACCGGUGCGAGAACAACUUUUUAAUGCUACUAUAUGUCGUCACUCUCCUUUUAACUUAUUCCAGCACGGGGAAUUUACUAGAGGCUUUGGUCAACCUUUUGAUGCAAAUUCCUUAGAGGUUGCGUCACCCAUUCUCAUCCCAAGAAAUGAUGGUCAUCAUCAUCGCAAGGGAAGCCAUGGAGAUGUGAUCUUUUUAACAAAUCGUGGCGAGGUAACAUCUUAUUCACCUGGCUUGCAUGGACACGAUGCUAUCUGGAACUGGCAGCUAUUGACUGGUGCAACAUGGUCAAACCUUCCAUCUCCAUCGGGAAUGAUGGAAGGUGGUAUGGUGGUACCUACCCUGAAGGCAUUUUCAUUACGUGUCCAUGAUAAUCAAGAAUUGAUCCUUGCAGCAGGAGAUCAAGAAGCCAUAAUCAUAUCUCCUGCAGGAAGUAUAUUAGCAACAAUUGAACUUCCUGCUCCUCCCACGCAUGCAUUGGUGACUGAAGAUUUUUCCAAUGAUGGGCUAACCGACCUCAUCAUUUUGACUUCCAAUGGUGUUUAUGGCUUUGUUCAGACCAGACAACCCGGUGCACUCUUCUUCAGCACAUUGGUUGGUUGCCUUAUUGUUGUAAUGGGAGUGCUAUUUGUCUCCCAACAUCUAAACUCAAUCAAGGGAAAACCUCGAGCUUCAUCUGGUCAAUUCUAACAAGAACAAGUUUGUGCUUACCAUUACAAGAGGCAAAUGUUUUUCCCUCGAGCCGCAGAAAUGCUGUGGAGAUUACUGAAUGAUGAGAUGAGGUGAGAUAUAGUGGACAGAAAACGAGGUGAAAACAUACUUGGUUGACAGGGCAAAAAUUUGCAAACUAGACAGGAUUAAUGGAUUUUGAGUGAACCAUGUAGGUAUUGUGUAUUGUACCCUUAACAUUAACGGUAUAUAUUAUGUAUGCAUUGAAUUUUGGGCAAUUCAACAUGGAAUGCAUGAAUGAUAA